UACUGCGGCCGUCGCCAUUUUAGCGUUUUGUCAGAAGCGUCCGCGCCGCGAGGAAGAGCAUCUGCUGCUUUUCGUGCGGGCUGCGUCCGAGAUGGUGAAGCUGUUCAUCGGAAAUCUGCCCCGGGAGGCCACAGAGCAGGAGAUCCGCUCACUCUUUGAGCAGUAUGGGAAGGUGCUGGAAUGUGACAUCAUUAAGAACUACGGCUUUGUGCACAUAGAGGACAAGACGGCGGCUGAGGAUGCCAUCCGCAACCUGCACCACUACAAGCUGCACGGGGUGAACAUCAACGUGGAAGCCAGCAAGAAUAAGAGCAAAACCUCUACAAAGUUGCAUGUAGGCAACAUCAGCCCUACUUGUACCAACAAAGAGCUCCGAGCCAAGUUUGAGGAGUACGGUCCAGUUAUCGAAUGUGACAUCGUGAAAGAUUAUGCCUUUGUACACAUGGAGCGGGCUGAGGAUGCAGUGGAGGCCAUCAGGGGCCUUGACAACACAGAGUUUCAAGGCAAAAGAAUGCACGUGCAGUUGUCCACCAGCCGGCUUAGGACUGCGCCCGGGAUGGGAGACCAGAGCGGCUGCUAUCGGUGCGGGAAAGAGGGGCACUGGUCCAAAGAGUGUCCAGUAGAUCGUUCGGGCCGCGUGGCAGACUUUACCGAGCAAUAUAAUGAGCAAUACGGAGCAGUGCGUACACCUUACACCAUGGGCUACGGGGAUUCAUUGUAUUACAACAACGCGUACGGAGCGCUCGAUGCCUACUACAAGCGCUGCCGUGCUGCCCGGUCCUAUGAGGCGGUGGCUGCUGCAGCUGCCUCUGCGUAUAAUUACGCAGAGCAGACCUUGUCCCAGCUGCCACAAGUCCAGAACACAGCCAUGGCCAGUCACCUCACCUCCACCUCUCUCGAUCCCUACGAUAGACACCUGUUGCCGACCUCGGGAGCUGCUGCUGCUGCUGCUGCAGCAGCUGCUGCUGCUGUUACUGCAGCUUCCUCUUCAUAUUACGGGCGGGAUCGGAGCCCCCUGCGUCGCGCUACAGGCCCAGUCCCUACUGUUGGAGAGGGCUACGGUUACGGGCAUGAGAGUGAGUUGUCCCAAGGUUCGUCGGCUGCGCGGAAUUCCCUGUACGACAUGGCCCGGUAUGAGCGGGAGCAGUAUGCGGAUCGGGCGCGGUAUUCAGCCUUUUAAAGCUUGAGGUGGGAUGUGUGUGGGCUGAAAUUCCGAGCUGCGGUUGUGCAUGAGAAUACACCCUUCGUGGUACCCCAUCUCCGGGACGGCUCUGUGCGUUCAGUCCCUCAGGAAACGUGGACCUUAAAAUUUAUCUUGUAAAGUUC